CAUCUUCAUUCGCUUUCACUAUCCGAGGAUCUUUAUAGGCCUCCUUCUAAUCUCUCUUAAUACCUCCCCCCGGGCGUCAGUGCCAAGAUGAUGUUCAAGUCUCUUUUGGCCGCCAGCACUUUGGCUGGCCUUGCUGCCGCGGCUCCUGCUCCGGCUGGCGAUGCUCUCAAGGUCUCAACCGACGGCAGCUGCGGUGGUACGUCUGGCUUUACAUGCGCUGGCUCCUCUUUUGGCAACUGCUGCUCCAAGUUCGGUUGGUGCGGCACUGGCGAGGCCUACUGCGGAAGCGAGUGCCAGGCCAGUGCAGGCAAAUGCACUGGCAGCAGCCCGACCACUUCCCAGUCCAGCAAGCCAUCGUCGACCCAGGCCCCUACGUCUACCGCAACGGCUCCCUCCACGUUGACUGACUGCUUGGGUGACAAGGAUGUCCCCAUCAGCCUAAUCUCUUCCAACGACUUCGCGGCUCUUUCCAAGCCCUACAACCUUCGCCUCCCCCACACCCCCGCUGUCAUUGUUCUGCCCACCACUGAGCAACAUGUGUCUGAUGCGGUCGUGUGCGCGGCCCAGAACGACAUCAAGGUCCAGGCCAGGGGUGGUGGCCACUCUUACGCCGCCUAUGGCCUUGGUGGCAAGGACGGCAGCAUGAUGAUUGAUCUGCACGAACUUCACGACAUCAACGUGGAUGCCACUACCGGUAUUGCUACUGCUGGUGGCGGAACGAGGCUCGGUAACCUGGCCCAGGGCAUCCACGACCAGGGCAAGCGUGCCAUGGCCCACGGCACUUGCCCCGCUGUUGGUCUCGGUGGCCAUGCUACCCACGGUGGUUACGGUUAUGACUCUCGUAACUGGGGUCUGGCCAUGGACCAGAUUAUCGGCUUGGAUGUUGUGCUUGCCGACGGCACUCAAGUCCACGCUACUGAGACCGAGAACUCGGACGUCUACUGGGCUUGCCGUGGUGCUGCGGAUUCCAUUGGUAUAGUUACCAAGUUCUACCUGCAGACGCACGAGGCUCCUGAAAGCAUUGUUUACUUCUCUUAUGGUCUGGCCGACAUGUGGCAGUCCGGUGAGCAGACCGCGACGUACUUCCAGCACAUCCAAGAUGUCGCACAGAACGCCACUGUCGUUGACCGCAAGAUUGGCUUCGGCAUGUACAUGGACGGUUCUGGUUUCAGUCUCAGCGGCACCUACUUCGGCACCGAGGACGAGUUCAACUCCAAGAUCGCCCCGGAGCUGCUGCGCGGCCUGCCCAAGCCGACCUCGUCCGACGUUCAGAGCAUGGGCUGGAUCGCGUCUCUGCAGAAGCUUGGAGGUGCCUCCACUAUUACGGUGCCUACGAGCGGCUACGACCAACACGACAACUUCUUCGCCAAGUCUGUCACUGUCCCUGAGGACACCCCGCUGACCCACGACGCCCUGACGUCGUACUUCGACUACAUGAUCAACCAGGGCAAGACCGCCGGCGCGUCUUGGUACAGCAUCGUCAACCUGUACGGCGGCCCCGACAGCCAGAUCAACAACAAGGACACCUCUUUCGCGGCCUACAGCGACCGUAACUCGCUCUGGGUUGCCCAGCACUACAUCUUCACGUCAGCCGACCAGACCCUGCCCCAGAGCGCCAUGACCUUCCUUGAUGGCCUCAACGACGCCAUGACCAGCAAGAUGCCCAACGCUGAGUUUGGCGCCUACCUGAACUACAUCGACCCCAGCCUGAGCGCCGAGGAGGCCCACAAGGUGUACUAUGGCGACGCGCUCUACGAGAGACUGGAGAGCGUCAAGAAGGCCGUGGACCCCAAGAGCGUCUUCUGGAACCCCCAGGCUAUCGGCGCAUAAACGUCGCUUUUUAUUACUAGCAUUGAGUUCUAAACCUAAUUGAUAGUUAUGUAAUGUCUUUAUGACACGACCCCAAUGAAUGUGAGAAGUCGUUCUGUC